AUGGUAUCAGAGCCAUUCCGGCGUAACACUUACGCUGCCGUCGUCACGGGUGAGAUGAGACAAUAUCAGCGUGCAGCUUCGCCGAUCACUCAAUCGCCGGUGCAAGAUCACGAUCCGACCGUUCCACAGACAGGAACACCUCCAAGUCAGAGAACUCAUUCGCUACAGAGAACUCCUCCACAACAGAGAGCUUCGAUCAGACAGCUAAGGAGUCUCACCAUGGAAGAUCUAGAUAAUCCGCUGUUUCUCAACGCGAAUGAUAACCCCUGCGCCAUUCUCGUUAAUCCACCGCUGCAAGGCAGCGCGAACUAUGGAUCCUGGAGUAUUUCAAUGCAAAUUGCAUUGGAAGUAAAAAAUAAGUGGUGCAUCAUUGAUGGAAGUAUCUCAGCACCUAGCAGGGAAGACAGCAAGUACACAGCGUGGAGACCAUGCAAUCUCAUCAUCUGUUCCUGGAUAUUCAAGUCAGUGCAUGCCUCCAUCGCUCAAAGCAUAAUGCACUUGGAUAAUGCCAGAGAGGUAUGGGAAGAUUUGAAGCGCAGGUUCUCACAAUGUGAUGCGCAGAAGAUCUCGACGUUGCAGAGCGAGAUCUACAAUCUGAAGCAAGGAACUCUUACUGUGAACGAUUAUUACACGAGAUGCAGAAUCCUAUGGGAAGAGAUGAAUGCGUUGAGACCGCUUCCCAUCUGCAAGUGCGAUCUGAAGUGUUCCUGUGGAUUAGUCAAUCCGAAGUGUUCCUGUGGAUUAAUCAAUCAAAUCAGGCAAGAACGAGAUGUAGAUCAGGUUAUACACUUCCUUCAAGGCCUUAAUGAUGAUUAUAGCAGUUUGAAGUCUAACGUUCUUGUUCUUGAUCCACUUCCUGAGGUUUACAAGGUGUUUGUUAUGGCUGAAAAGCUAGAAAGACAAAUUGCGUUGGCAAAUUUGAACUUAGGCAACCUUGAGUUUAGUCAAGCUCAUGCAGUACAGUCUGAACAAGGAAACAUGAAUGAAGUUGUUGCUGCUAUGAACUCAUAUAGUAAUCAAUAUAAUGGGAGACGAAAUGGAAAUUCAAACAAGGGAGCAAAAUGUACAUACUGUGGAAUGAGUGGACACACGGUUGAUAAGUGUUUCAAGAAACACGGUUAUCCUCCGGGGUGGAUCCCGGGAUAUAAGUCCAAGGGAAAACAAGCAGCAGCUGUGAACUUACAAUCUGGAAGUCUGGAUUCUCUUCCUGCUGUGGCCACUGCAGAUCAAAUGGAGAAAUUAAUUUCUCUGCUUCAAACUCAGAUAGGGCAAUCCUCAAAUACAAAAACUUCUGCUGCUGUCACUAUGGUCCCAAAUUUCAACCAAGGAGAAAAUUCAAAUGAAGGCAAGUCUUCUGUUAAUCAUAUCAACUCCAUUUUGUUAUCCUCUUCUACUUGGAUUAUUGUUUCCGGGGCCUCUGAUCAUAUAAUCUGUGAUUUAAAUCUCUUUGAUAAUUAUCAUGUUGCUUGUGGCACUGAAGUGAACCUCCCUACUGGAAAGACCAUUGCAGUUACUCACACGGGAAAUGUUAGACUUAACAGAGAUUUGUGGUUGAAAGAUGCUCUCUAUAUUCCAUCUUUCAAAUUCAACUUAAUAUCUGAUCCCCUUGGGAAGAUAGUUGGUUUGGCCAGACAAACAAAUGGCUUAUACCUGCUGACGAAGCCUCCAAGUACACAGAAUAUAGAUCAUAAAAGUGUUAUUGCACAAUAUAUUUGGGGGCCAUUCCAUGUUGCUGCGUUAAGAGGGGAGCGUUACUUCUUGACUCUAGUGGAUGACUACUCUAGGUUCACUUGGUUGCACUUGAUGAAGAACAAGUCUGAAGUCAGGGAACAUCUGAAACGGUUCCAUGCCAUGGCAUUCACACAGUUUGGGGCUCUAAUCAAGACAAUCUGGACUGAUAAUGGGACCGAAUUUAACAUGGCAGAUUUUCUCGCAGACAAGGGAAUUAACCAUCAAAAAUCCUGUGUGUAUACUCCACAGCAAAACGCGGUUGUUGAAAGAAAACACCAACACAUACUCAAUGUUGCAAGGGCUCUCAAGUAUUAA